AUGGCGGCCACACAGGAACCGGAAUCCACUAGCGCAUCAUCAGAGCGACCGGCGCCUACAUUGAUCCCGUUCCACUGUGAGCUAUGUGAAGCGAGCGAAAGUGCUGACUACCAUGGACGAAGACCACCGUUCGUGGGCAAGCUAAUUGAGCUGGCGGAGGACAGUUACGUGAUGCGAGAUCCAUUCGCGCCACCACCACAAGCAGUACCCGAUAAGCCACCGUGCGAGUACUUCCUGGUGCUCGGAGCAGACUGUAACCUUUGCCGGCGCACCGUUUGCAAAGCGCCCGAGUGUAGUUUCUUUUACGGGGCCACCUUCUGCCGUCCGUGCAGUCUGGCACGGGUGCUGGAGUUUCCGCUAGAGGUGAGAAGCAAAAUAAAGAAACAAUUCUCGUAGCAGCGCGUUUCAUCUAGC